GGUCCUCUUGGCAAGUCACAUCUCCCGUGUUCUAGCCUGUAAAUCGUACAGGGGCUCUGUCACGCCCGGAGCGAACUUCUCUGGGGUUUUUCGAUAACCAGCCCUGGACCCCCUACUGUGUAUUUUCGACCAACCCUAUCAAGCCGCGUAACAGAGCAGAAUAGGCUGGCCACCUACUACCUUACUUAUUGCUCUGCAGUCCCAACACAAAUCAUCCCUGACCCGUGUGGGUUGAUCAGCGACUAGGAUGCCCGGGCAUUUCGUCAUGUUCCUAAGUCUUAGUGCUGGCCCGUGAGCUGAACCCUCCUCGAGAGAUCAGAUACAUUACUGGGGGGCAGGCGUCUGUCAUCUCGUUACCGGGUUUCGGAGACUUCGAGCAAUCGUCUCUAACGCUAUUUAUUCCCCGUCUUCGCUAGCCUUCUCAGACAAAUUGGGACAUAAGGAAUCCAUCAGCACUACUGUCUGAUCCUACUGGAUCAGUACUGCUCUUAAUUACCCUCUAGUGUCGCUUCCAAGUUCAAGAACACGAUGCUCUGAGCCUUUACUGUCUCUAGUCAACGAAACACAAGAAGUCUGCGGCCUGUGUUACAUUUAAUCUCGUCUUCGUUUCGAAAACUUCAACUCACUGUUUUCUCCCAUUGUUGCUACCACUACCACUGCUAGCACCAAUUCAACAUUUACUACCUCUCGCCAUGUCAGGGACGGCUUCUCCACGCAGCGGUCGACCGCUAACGACAUCGUAUGUGGAUUUGAUGAAGCCUGACGAGGAUUGGAGAAAUCUGCCCGAUGCAGCUGAGAGGAGGAAAAUCCAGAACCGCCUCGCCCAGCGAGCGUAUCGACGGAAUAUGAGGGAUAGGACUAAAGAGGUGGAGAGGUUGAAGAAGCAGCUGCAACAGCUCCAGCAAUCCAUGAGUGCAGACCCCUCGACUACGCCGCCGCCUGAGCACGAGCUCCCUUCCGGCGGUAGGAGCCCAUCCAGCAUGGGAGACGCCCACGCUCAGAACGCCGAUAUGGCAGCAUCAGCAACUACGCCCAAUGGGACGCGGCGGAUGAGCGAUUACCUCCAAACUUGGCCUCAUGCCGCGGGCUCGGAACAGCUGAGUGGACUCGGACUCACGACGGACGGGGAGAAUCCUCUUGGAUUCGAUACUGCCUCCUAUUUUCACCAGGUCCACGGUUCGAAUGAUGUCGUGACAGAUCUGCCUUCUACGGGCCGACGAGCUCGUGCCGUCACAACUAACGUUUCUUCCACACCUAUACAGCAUCCGCCUCACCUACGCAGCCACAGCAUACCCCCAAUCUACACAUCUACCUGUCCCAGCCCCAUGCCGUGGGGACAAGGAGCCGCAGCAGAAAGCCACGACGGGCUUCGAGUAUCUACAAAUUUCGGCGUAUAUAACAGCACGGAGGAGAUGUCCAUGUACCACCCGGAAUCCACAUAUCAAUUAGACGAUGGGGUCACACAUAGCACCACUGCGUAUGCGACUUCGCCAGAUUCAGAUCUCAACAGCCCCGCGGGCUGGUCACCGCUAGACCGGAAAUCGGGUGGUGGCGCACGGCCGAGUAGCUCAUCACUAACAUCGGCGUUCCUGGCGUCCGCUAAUAGCGUCGUGGACGGUAUGACAGAUAUGCAGCACGGGUCCUCGUUCCCCGAGACGACGGCACCAUUGCUGCACUUCGCGGUCGCAGGUGGCCACAUCGACACGCUGAGACUACUUCUCCAACGUUACGAUGUCAAUGUCAAUAGUCGUGACAAUGCCGGUUACACGGCAUUGCAACGUGCUGUCAUGGCCGGACGUACAGAUAUGGCAGCCCUGCUUCUCGAGCGCGGGGCCAUCGUCGAUGGCGACGAUAGCUGGACCGUUGAACUUACGGGCCAUCACGCCAAGAUGGAGACCCAAUGACCAAGCCAAUGGAACCCACACCCAUCUCUUGUUUUUUCGCCAACCUAUCAUAAAUAAAUGGACGAUCAAGCGGAGUGUACGUUAACGAGCCUUUUCUUACCCUCUCAAUCGGGUCUCGAAUUCCUCCGCCUACUGUUAUGCUGUAUCUACUUAAUGUAGCAGUCUACGAUGGGGUCUAUCAUAUCAUAUCAUAUCAUGUUCUGUUUUGUUUUGUUAUGUUAUAUGUGUGUGUUGGUUUUUUUCCCUCUCAG